GACUAGUUCCAUUAUAUUUUUAAGAUCGUGCUGCGAGUGCGACGUCCGAAGUUUUUCAGGGAUCCCGUGGAAGUAAAUUUCUCUUCAAAGUUUGAUGAAAUGAAUACACCGUAUGAGGCGUUAGGAGAAACGUCUGGACCAUGAGAACAAGUGUGGACUUUACUGAUGAUCUCCUGGAUAUUGUUUCUUCUCAUCUGAGAAAGAGAAGCGCAACCUGUUCGACUAACUUUCCAACAUAGAACAUGCUGAACUGACAGACGCUCACAGUUUGUCUGGGUCUCGUGGGAAGUAGGUCUUCCCUGCUUUAAUCUUAUUGUGUGGGAUUGUGUUUGCUGCAAGUGUUUGGGCCUUGAAGAGAAAGAUCUCCAUCCAAACCAACCCUGCAAACCUGUCUGCCAAGCUUUCAGCAGUGACGUUCUGCUCGGCCAAGUAAAAGAAAGAUGUCUAAGGGACCGGGCCGGGGUCAGAAUCCCCACGGACUCAAACUGACAAGCUUGGACCAGAUAUGGGACGACCUCAAGGCCGGAAUUCAACAUGUGUACUCAAAGCAUGGCAUGCUGAAGAAACGAUACAUGGAACUCUACACUCAUGUGUACAACUACUGCACCAAUGUACACCAGUUGCAGCAGGCACGGAGUUCAUCAGCCAAGAGCAAGAAAGGUCCCGCCCAGGGAGGGGCACAGUUCGUAGGUCUGGAGCUCUACAAACGAUUGAAAGACUUCCUCAAGACGUAUCUGGUCAACCUACUCAAGGAUGGUUCUGAUCUGAUGGACGAGAGUGUUCUGACUUUCUACACGAAGCAAUGGGAGGACUACCAAUUCUCCAGCAAGGUCCUGGAUGGUGUGUGCGCUUACCUCAAUAGACACUGGGUGCGAAGGGAAUGUGAUGAGGGACGCAAGGGCAUCUAUGAGAUAUACUCGCUUGCUCUUGUGACAUGGAGGGAGCACUUAUUCCGACCACUCAACAAACAGGUCACAAAUGCCGUGCUGAAACUAAUUGAGAGAGAGCGACACGGUGAACCAAUCAACACAAGACUAGUCAGUGGGGUCAUACAGUGUUAUGUUGAGCUUGGUUUGAACGAGGAUGAGGUGACGAGCCGAGGCCCUACGCUGAGCGUCUACAAGGAAUCCUUUGAGAGUCAGUUCCUGUCUGAAACGGAAUGCUUCUACAUGACAGAGAGCACUGACUUCCUGCAGCAAAACCCUGUCACUGAAUACAUGAAAAAGGCUGAGUAUCGCUUGAUGGAGGAGAGACGUCGAGUCCAAGUGUACCUUCACGAGAGCACCCACGAUGAGCUGGCCAAACGCUGCGAACGGGUCCUCAUUGAGAAACAUCUAGACAUCUUCCAUUCGGAGUUCCAAAACUUACUAGACUCAGACAAGAAUGAAGACCUAGCUAGAAUGUACAAUCUGGUGUCUCGUGUCCCCAACGGUUUGAAUGAGUUGAUGACGCUACUUGAGCAACACAUCUACAACCAGGGCCUAUCGGCAAUUGAGAAGUGUGGUGACGCUGCAUUAUCGGACCCCAAAAUGUAUGUGCAGACCAUCCUAGAUGUGCAUAGGAAAUACAAUGCCUUAGUGUUGACGUCAUUCAAUAAUGACUCUGGAUUUGUGGCUGCUCUUGACAAGGCCUGCGGGCGAUUCAUCAACAGCAACGCCGUGACCAAGAUGGCCAAUUCCUCCAGUAAGUCCCCCGAGCUGCUGGCCAGGUACUGCGACUCGCUCCUCAAGAAAAGCUCCAAGAAUCCUGAAGAGGCGGAGCUUGAAGACACACUCAACCAAGUGAUGGUAGUGUUCAAAUACAUUGAUGACAAGGACGUGUUCCAGAAGUUUUACUCCAAGCUGUUGGCCAAGCGACUGGUGCAUCACAACUCAGCCAGCGAUGACGCCGAAGCUAGCAUGAUCUCCAAACUCAAGCAAGCAUGUGGCUUUGAGUACACCUCCAAGCUCCAGCGGAUGUUCCAAGACAUCGGCGUCAGCAAGGAUCUCAACGAACACUUCAAGUUACACCUGUCAAGCAGUGAGCCCCUGGACAUUGACUUCAGUAUCCAGGUUCUGUGCUCAGGCUCCUGGCCUUACCAGCAGAGCUGUACCUUCAAUCUACCCAGCGAGUUGGAGCGUAGUUUCCAGCGAUUCACCACGUUCUAUGCAGGUCAGCACAGCGGAAGAAAACUCAUGUGGGUCUUCCAAAUGUCUAAAGGAGAACUGGUCACAAACUGCUUCAAGAAUAGAUACACACUACAGGCGUCCACAUUUCAGAUGUCGGUGUUGCUACAGUUCAACGUGUCUGACACAUACACGAUACAACAACUACAGGAUAACACACAAAUCAAAAUGGACACGCUGAUUCAAGUUGUACAGAUUUUAGUGAAAGUUAAACUCUUGGAAUGCGAUGAAAGUGAAGAUGACAUCAAACCCACGUCAGAACUCAGGCUGUUUAUUGGAUACAAAAAUAAGAAGUUUCGCGUCAAUAUCAACGUUCCCAUGAAAGCUGAGCAGAGGCAGGAACAGGAAUCGACCCACAAGCACAUUGAAGAGGAUCGCAAGUUACUCAUACAGGCUGCCAUUGUGAGAAUAAUGAAGAUGCGUAAGGCCCUGAGACACCAGCAGCUACUUGGUGAAGUUCUGAACCAGCUGUCGAGCCGAUUCAAGCCCAGAGUGCCUGUCAUCAAGAAAUGUAUUGACAUCCUAAUAGAGAAGGAAUACCUAGAGAGAGUGGACGGAGAGAAAGACAUGUACAGUUACCUAGCGUAGCCCACCCUGGCCCCCCGUUACCCCAUACCGCACCCCCACACACCUGCAGUGCACCCCUCCUGCCAAAUAAGGUACACAAGUAGCUCAUCCAGCUGAGUAUCAGACUGGUGCUGUGGCACAUCUAAGGUGAAGCUGCCAUCCUGCAGCGACUUCCAGAAACUUUGUCAUUAAUUUUUGUCUUCAGUGGACGGGAGAGUAUCCGUCAUUGCACCAACAGCAGUAUCUGAGUGUCCCCAGGGCAAUUUGAAUGGGAGUGCUACAGCAAAUUAGCCGUCAGACCACUCCGCGCUGGAAGGCGGAAGGCAGCCAGGGGUUUCUUCCAGUUGCCUAGCUGCUGAAGAAUCAUAAGGAAGGGGGAUUCUAACAGAAAGGAAUAAUAAGGGGUUUGGGAGGCGAAGUGUCCCCCCCCCCCCCCCCACACCCACCCUCUAGUGGUGCCCCUGAGUAUCUGUGAGUCACUUGAGGAUUGCUGUUGUCAUCACGGAAGAGACUCAAGAAUUGAUGAGGCAGAUGCCACCUUAAUAGUAAAUAUCUUUGUCCUCUCCGAUGUGAGAAACACUGUAGUUCACUUCAGCCAUCCUGAAAAAUCCGGGAGUGAUUUUACAGAGUUCAACCUCAAACUGCUGUCAUAUACAUCAUCAUUAAGCUUAAAAAAAAUAGAAAUAAAUUUCAAAAUUUGCUGGAUAAAUUUGGAUAGACCUUCUUGUGCAAUCCCUCGUAUUCCUUCCCCAGGACCACAGGGUACUACGGCUAGCCUAAACUAAGAACUCCAUUUCUUGACAUGUGAUCAGUUGUGAUGUACUCAUAUUCAGUGCAAAUGAUAGCUCGCUGAGCUAAAGCCAAAAUGUUUUGGUUUAAAUUCACUGAUGUGAAAUUACAGCUCGAGUCACUAAUGCAGUCACAAUCAACCCUGGUGUUUUGCUUUUUUUAGAUUUAAGUUUUUCAAUUUUCAAAAUGGUAAUUCCUGUGAAAUGUUCAAUCUUCCCCCCUUUUAAGGUAGAAUUGAUGUUGUGAUUAAGACUACUUUUUCGGUAUGGCUGGUUUGCUCAAAUGCUUGUGCCUUAUGCAGUUAUUAUUUACCUCUUCCGAAAUUCUACAGGGACUUGUUUUCGAGAAGCAGUGCUAAUCAAGUGUCUUUUUGUUUGGGAAAUGUAGUGUGUAUUUGCAUACUUGGCAUGAAACCAAUCUAGAAUCACAUCUUUAUCUUUACUUGAUGGUAUUGUCUGGUAAAUAUAUUCCUUUCAUUACAACUACCCUUAGUAAGUUAAACACUUUGGUUACUCCAUUUUUGCAAAGCUUGCAUAUUCAUUAGUCAGGAAUAGGCCAACCAAUCACAGAGCCUGUUAAACAAAUUGCUCAUUGUAAAUGGUUUGCGAUGGAUCCAUCAAAGCCCUUGAUUGGACUCAUUUGUUUUUACAAUUACAAGCCAUUUUGUGUGCACUUCACUCAUCCUAACAUGUAGCAUGUCCAAAUUUCACCUUAGCAUUUGCUAAAUGGUUUGAUUUAAUUGUCGGUGCUAUUUCUUACGUCAAUGUAUAAAAAAGUACCGAAGUUGUCCUCAAGAUAGCACUCUUAAGUCCUUGCAUUCAGAGAUGCAGAAACAAGAUGACGGAAGAUGUUUGUUGAUUCACCAUAUGAAGUCACUAUCACUGACAGAGACAUGAUUAAGAGAAGAACAAAGGUUUUAACUCAACAUUUUCUCUUAUCUGUGUUGCUCAGAGCAUGUUGACUGAAAAAUUCCAGUUUACUUUACACCUUUAGUUCUUAGAAGAACAACCUCUUCUUUUGACAGAUACAUGAAGUAACUUCACUUUGUGUUUUUCACAAAUUUCUCCAAGGUUGUACUCACACAAAUCCUCCAAUGGCAUGUAACAACAUACCUGUAUAUAAAAUGUACAUGUACAUUACCUUAUGUUUUAGAAUUGCCACAUGUCAACUUAAGCUACGAGUCUCGAAAUGGUAUUCCUGAUUGUGUACAUAUUAUAAAUAAGAAGGUUUUACACAGUAGACACACUUUUCCUAUGGGCAUAUACCAAACCGUGCAAGAAAUGUUAAUCAGUGGACGUCGUAAAGUACCAUUAAUUAAUGUGCCUACUUCAAAGGCUCCACCAGUUUGCAUUCGUUAGGUACGUAAUAACACGGUAAAGACAGACUUGAAACUAAUUGUGGUCACUUCAAGGUUUUAGUUAUAGUCAACUGUUUUACAAGUUGGCUUAUUAAUGAGAGGUCAAGACAGUGCAAGGGGAUUCCCCACCGUUUUUGAAGAAAAAAACUUUGUUUGCGUCUGAUUGUCAGUAAUAAACAGAUGACAUAACUACUACUGUCUCUCAAUCAAGCACUCCUAUGUUUUAACCUCUGGUUUAAGUGGGGCAUCGCUGUCAAAUAGGAAAGGGCAGAGACAGGUUAACGUGAAGGCACUUAAAAAGAAAACUGUGAAUUUGGUUUGUUUUGGGAAGUUAAAUAACUUUUAUACUGGAUGAAUUGAUAAGUUGGACAAAGGAGCACUGUUCUUCGCAAAAGGUCUGGCGUAUGAUAAUUAAAACCUUAUUUAAUUGAUCCGAUAAUGCAUUUGUUCUCCUUUUUUUGACGAGAUUUUUUUGUUAAUACUAGUUAUGAUUGUAAUAAUUCUCAUUAAUAUGUGUCAUGUAGCUAUGUGGAAUUGUAAAUUCUGCAAUCAUAUUGCACAGUCUGUAUUAAAAUUUUGAAUGAAGUUACAUAUUGCAA